GAUCCUGGGUUCGUUUGUGUCACCGCGUCGGAAGUCACCAUGCUGUUCGCAGUGCUCCUGUCGAUUGUGGGCACUUUACUGUUGGUUCAAUACCUAAAGUUUACCUGGACGACUCAGUACAUUGAAAAGAUUCCACCAUGCAUGCCCAAAUCGCUGUACCCACUCGUGGGCCACAUUCCCAUGCUCGUUGGGCUUGAUUCCGAAGGCAUCUUCAACAUGAUGGCCAGCGCAUGUCGGCAGGUAGACCGGCUGGGUCGUCUAAUGAUCGGGCCACUUCCGGUGAUUCUGAUCAACCAUCCGGAAACGAUGGAGGCCGUGAUGACCAGUGAGCAUAUGCUGAGCAAGCCGUUCUUCUACGACUUUAUGGAGGUGUCCGAUGGAAUUUUCGGAAUGAGAGAUGGCGAACGGUGGUCCCACGUGCGGAAGCUUCUGAACCGGACCUUCAACCCGGCGAUACUAAAAAGCUUUCUGCCGAUCAUGGAGUCGAAGGCAAACACGAUGGUAGAACGACUACGACCGCUGGUUUCGGGGCAGGGCAAAACCGACUCCGGAAUCGACAUCCUGCCGUACUUUGCCGAGUGUACCCUCGAGAUGAUCUUCAACACCACGAUGGGCUACAACGAGGGCAAUGUGCCCGGGAAGAGUGAAUACCUGCACCGAUUGGAAGUAGUCAUGAAAAUAGUGAGCGAACGGAUGGCUAAUGUUCACCAAUAUUUGGAAGUAAUCUUCCAAAUGACGGAAGCGUAUCGGGAGAAGCAAGCCUGCCGAAACUGGGUAGAUCAGUUUGCUGAAAAGAUCGUUAAACACAGAAGACAGCAACUGAAAGAAGCUCAAAUACAGGCGCCUGAAGAAGACGAGUUCCGAACCAAGUCAAUGAUCUUCCUGGACCAACUGUUGACCUAUCGAGAGGGAGAAAAGGCAGUCAACUUCACCGAUCAGGAGAUCAUGGCUCAUCUGCUCACGAUGAUGAUUGCGGGUUCCGACACCUCCACCUUCGUAAUGUCCACCGUUUGCCUGUUUCUGGCGAUGCAUCCAGAAGUUCAGGACAAAGUGGUGGCCGAAAUGAACGCCGUAUUUUCGAGCGAUUCCAUCGAGAUCUGUCAGGACACGCUGCAGCAGCUGCGUUACACCGAACAGGUCAUCAAGGAAACGCUUCGCUUGGCGCCAGUGGGCGUACUCAUGGCGCGGGAAACCAGUGCCGAAGUGACGCUGAACGGAGUCCGAAUCCCACCGAAUCAGACCAUCAUGUACAAUCUGUAUGCGUACCACCGCCGGAAGGACAUCUGGGGCCCGGAUGCGGACCAGUUUGAUCCGGACCGGUUUGAGCCGGAGAGGGCAGAAAAACGGCACCGUUAUGCGUUUGUUCCGUUUCUCGCGGGUCAGCGGAACUGUAUAGGGCAUCGAUAUGCCAUGUAUUCUAUGAAAAUUGUACUGCUGCGGGUGCUGCAGGAGUAUCGACUGUGGACGAGCUUGAAGCUUUCGGAAUUGCGGUUCGAAUUUAAAGUUUCACUACAUCUGGUUGGACCGCAUUUGGUAUGGUUGAGUAAGAGAAAUAAAUAA